CAUAGGCUCUAAGUACUGUAAGUAAACUUUACCAGGCUGCUUGCCAAAUAUAUUUCACAUCACAUUGAAGGGAAGUCUACUCUGUGACCAAUAUGCGUUUGACGGAAGUUCGCUGACAGUGGCUUUAUAGUUUUUUUAGUGACGUGAAUGCGUGUUGGUGACGUGAUCUAUUAGAUGCUCAAGAGAGUGAUUCAUUGAGGGUUAGUCGAAAAUGAAUUUACUGUGCUCCUGUAAAGGACAAAUGGUAUGAAGUCGGUGAUGAAUCAAAACUUCGUCAGCGGGAGAAUGAACUGUAUUAUCCUAACAGCAUAGCCUACUCUUGAAGAUGGCAACGAAUUUUUUGGUGGCAGGUGUACAGUGUAUUGCCAAAAGCGACCACUUAAAGCUUAAGCCUGGUGAAAUUGCUUAUCAAAAAGGAAAUAUCAUCACCGUAGUGGAGCCAACACAGGAAAAGGGUAUAUAUAAAGCCCGAAACAACAAGACAGGAGAGGAAGGGCUUAUUUCUAGCACCAAUAUGAGGGAGAGAGAGGCCAUACGCAUAGACUCCUGCCUCAGCCUUAUGCCUAUAUGCUUCAGUUGGUUUCAUGGGAAGAUUUCAGGCCAAGAGGCUUUGAAGAAGUUGAAGCCCAGAGAGGAUGGCCUGUUUCUGGUGCGUGAGUCCUUCCGCCACCCUGGGGAUUAUGUCCUAUGUGUCAGCUUUGCUGGGGAUGUCAUUCACUACCGAGUCAUCUACCAGGACAACAAACUUACAAUUGACAGCUCCCAGUUCUUCUAUAACCUUAUAGACAUGAUUGCGUUUUAUUCUAAAAAUAAGGGAGCCAUUGCUACCAUUCUGCACAGACCUAAAGAGAAAGCAGGAACCAGGUCAGCUGAGUUAGAGAUAUCUAAAGCGGGAUGGCUCCUCGAAAUGGACAAGCUCAUUUUAGGAGCGAGCAUUGGAGAGGGAGAGUUUGGGGAGGUGUAUGAAGGGGAGUACUUGGGCCAGAAGGUGGCAGUAAAGAACAUUAAAUGUGAUGUCACAGCUCAAGCUUUUUUGUCAGAGACAGCAGUCAUGACGAAACUACAGCACAAGAAUUUGGUGAGGUUGUUGGGUGUGAUUUUACACAAUGGAUUGUACAUAGUCACUGAAUUGAUGGACAAGGGCAACCUGGUGAAUUUUCUACGCACAAGAGGGCGCUCUCAGAUCAGCACUGGCCAGCUGAUGCGUUUUGCACUAGACGUAUGUGAGGGAAUGGAGUACCUCGAGUCCAAAAAGUUGGUUCACAGGGAUCUGGCAGCCCGUAACGUCUUGGUGUCUGAAGAGACGGUGGCCAAAGUCAGUGAUUUUGGGCUCACCAAAGGGGACUCGAAGGGCUCAGAGCAAGUAAAGUUACCCGUCAAAUGGACUGCACCAGAGGCCUUGAGGAAAGAGAAAUUCUCCACGCGGUCAGAUGUUUGGAGCUAUGGGAUCUUCCUGUGGGAGACAUUCUCCUACGGCCGUCAGCCCUACCCAAAGAUGUCACUAAAAGAGGUGAGAGAGAGAGUAGAGCAGGGCUAUCGGAUGGAGGCACCUGACGACUGCCCUCCUGCUGUUUACCAACUCAUGGGGAGCUGCUGGCAGGAAGAGCCGGGGAAGAGGCCCUCUUUCCACAAACUCAGGGACAAGCUGCAGAAGGAGAUCGACAGAUAGAGUAAUAGACAUUGUGUCCUGUGUGAUACACACUCUACUAAUACUGUAUACCAUACUAUAUGCUAAUAAUUCUUUAGACGUGCUCUGACCUCCUUUAGAUUUUCUUCAGCCUUUAUACUGUGUACUGAACUGAUUGUUGUUGAGCUUUUAAGUUUAUUAUUGUGUAAAUAUAUUUGGAAAAUUCAGCUUGUAUUUCUAGACAUGUUCUUUUUUAAAUGUAUAUUUUUUGUUUUGUAAUGAAAUGUACUACACAUGUCCUUUUGUGUAUCAUUUUAUUUCACUUUAUGUUGCAUAAAAUGUGAAAAGAUGCUGCAGGUGGUCAACAGCAUUUUCACUGCAUCAUCUGCCUGACGCAGAGAUGAACGGAACAGAAAUGAAUUCACAAUUGACAAAAUGUCUUGACUACAGGUAUCGCAACAAUCCACUGUAAUAUACUUCUGUUACUGCCUCUACUGCUCCUAACAGAACGGGAUGUGGAGGGGACAGGGGAAAAUGCUUUAUCUGGGAUUAAAACUCAGAUCACCAGUAUCUGCUUGUGUUGUACUGUAAUUGUCCAGCAAUAUGCCCAGCGCCUCAGGGCUUAAUAUGCAAAAUCUUGAAUGUUAUUGCUGAUAUAAGUAAGGAAUUACAAAGCGGACAGCAGCCUGUGUGGAGGGGCUUUCUGGAGUUACAGGGGAUUGGGUAGAGAUAUCCUCUUUUCUUUCCAUCUCAUCUGGGCUAAGAUCUCAGGACAACAGUUCCUCUGACUCAUCAGAGUUUUGUAAGACCUCUUGGGACCGAGGGACAUUUGCUGUUUUUUUUAGAUAGUCUCAUGCAUCUCUCUUCACACUUGACACGUAGCUUUGAAACAUUACAUAAUGAAACCUGCUGUUGCUGUCGUCCUAUAGAACUGAUGAGAUUUUGAAAGAUUUAGGCAGGGAGAAUUUUUUUUUUUUCUUUUGUUUUGUUUCGUUGUCACGUUACAUCCAAAAUUAAAUAUGUCAUUAGUUUUAA